AUGUUUUUGGUAAUGAUUUUCAGAUUUAUUCUACUGUGUCUCGUGAUAAAUUUCGCAAUCUGCAUUUCUCAAAAUCCUAUUUUAAUUAUUGUAUCGUAUGAUGCUUUUAAAUAUGAUUUUUUCAACACCAAAGAUAUACCUCACAUGAAAAGCUUGAGGAAACUUGGAAGUUAUUCUGACUACUUAAUAAAUGUUUUUCCGACGAAAACGUUUCCAAACCAUCACUCCAUUGCUACGGGGCUUUAUCCGGAAGUACAUGGUGUUAUAGGAAACAGCUACUUUGAUACAUCAACAAACAAAGAAGUGCACAUUAGUUAUGAUAUGUUUCAUUACGAUGACAGUGUUGUGCCGAUUUGGCGAAAGAACGAGGAUUCAGGAGGUAACAGGCACUCUGGAGCGAUGAUGUGGCCUGGUGGAUGUUAUCCUUACCAAGCAAAAAAUAUUACGUAUUGUAAAGAUUAUGAUCACCAAUAUGAUUGGUUUAAACGUGUAGACAUGGUAAUCAGUUGGUUGAAAGACCCAAAACAACCUGCUAAUUUAGUGAUGGUUUAUUUUGAAGAACCAGAUACAGAUGCACAUAUUUAUGGUAUAACUUCAAAUGUUGUAGAUGGUUUAAUAAAAAAACUAGACAAUAUUAGUCAGUAUCUGGAACAACAAUUAGAAGUGAAUCACUUAAAAGAAAAAGUUCAUGUUGUACACCUUAGUGACCAUGGUAUGGUAGACGUUAAACCUACAAAUUUUGUUAAUGUGACGCAACAUUUAACACCAAACACUUAUAAUUAUGCAGGUUCAAGCCCACUUUUAGAGUUUCAUCCAAAAAAAGGGUUUGAAAAUGAAGUUUAUCAAAAACUGAAAAAUGCUUCAAUAAAAGAUGGCCGUUUUACUGUAUAUAAAAAGGAUGAAUAUCCAGAGCGUUGGCAUUACAAAAAAAAUCGCAGAAGUCCUCCUAUUUUGGUAAUGGCCAAUGUGGGGUAUGGGCUUGAUGAUUUAAUACAUUAUGUUACAGAAGGUGCAGCUAAAUACAAUUUAAAAGUGACUAAUCAGUCAACAUUUGGUGUUCAUGGAUAUGAUUAUACAGAGAAAGAAAUGCAUCCAUUUUUUAUGGUGAGAGGCCCAAGGAUUAAGAUAAAUCACAAAGUGUCACCUUUUAAUACAGUUGACUUAUUCAACUUAUUUUGUGAAAUACUUGAAAUAGCUCCAACAAAAAACAAUGGAACGGUAGCCAACAUUGCAAAUAUGUUUCUAGCUAGAAGCAAUGGAAAAUACUCUUUAACAACUAUUCUCACCAUUACUGCAGGGGGCAUUGUCAUUGCUCUAAUAUUAAUCAGUUGCGCAGCAGUACUUACAUUAAUGAUGAUUAAAAGACAACAAAGCAUUACAACCACUGCUGCCUUAAACAAGCGAUUUCCUCAGACCUUUCAUGGUAGUAUUGAGGCACAACAUUUACUCGAACCAGAAGAUGCAUGAAAUAUUAACCCUUUUGGUUCUUCAUUGAUUCUUGUGUCUUGCCAAUGGUUGUAACUAAGUAACCGCCCAUUAACUGAUUAUUUAUACCAUUUGCAUGAAAGUUAACCAUUCACUAGAACAUAUUCAGUGGUACGUAGGCAAAAUAGGUAAAGAAUUUUCUGUUUACUGAAUGGUUAGCCAGUAAUGGAUUAAUGCCACAGACGAGUGCUCAAGCGCUGUUACAGUUUAAUGUACCAGUUAGGAUUAUUAACUCACAAAACCUAAAAAUGUUUUUAUGUUACACGCGUUUCACCGCAUCUGGUAGGGUUGUGUUGAAACCUUAAUGUUAUAUCAGUUUGUUUAUGAACAUUUUGGUAUAGUGAAUCAUACUACAAUCAUACUUUUCUUUUAAGAUCCUGUCUCGUGGAUCAUUGCAUGGGUACAUUACUAAUGUUGUAAAAAUUUGCAACCCCAAACUGUAAAUUCCUUUUUAUUACUUGACAUUUUUAUAAUUAAUUAGUUGAUCUGCGGUUUUUAAUAUUUGACACGCAUGUGUAAUUUAUUUCAUAUAUGUAGGAACUUUCUGUUGCAAUAAAUUUGAGCAAACCGUAGUUGGAUGAAAAUAAAUUCCCUUAUUUUAAAAACUAUGGAAAUGUAGCACAGAAAUAUCUCAAUUCAAGGAAAAAAAUCAUAUCUGAUUCUGAUUAGAUAUUUUGAAAUUCAUAUGUAAAUGCAUUAUUUUUUCUUUCCGCUACACUAUACCGACUCUACAUGGUAAUGCUGUUGGGAAUCCCCGAGCCUACCCGUCCAAAGACAGUCGAUAUUCCAAUUUUCAAACCAGUCGGACUUAUUCCAUUCAUUUAGCUUAAUUGUUUGCGUGCACACCGAAAGUCAAUUGUUUAACGACGUAUUUGCACCAUCAAAAUUUGCCAAUAGUUUUUAACAUUAGAAAAGAAGCAACUUGUAUUAUUUUUCUCAUAAUGCUUCAGAUUAAAUCUCACUCACUUCAAAUAUUUUUAAUAUUUAUAUCUUGAUGAAAAGAAUUUUUAUUAAUAAAAUUUCCUAAGAUGUUUAUACACCACUUUGGAUUUAUUUUUCAUAUUAAACGUACGUACCAAUAGUUUCAUAAGCAAAACUACAUUCAUUAAUGCUAUGACUCUGAAUUUUAGAGUUAAAUUAUUUAGUUUUGGGACUUAAGUAUUAUUAUUAUGUAUCCCCAAACUGUUAUGACCGGAAUUAAAAAAUAAAAUAACAUUAAGUUUACAACAUAACGUACACCAAUUUUAACUAAACUAUCUUGACAUUUUUAGUAACAGUAGAUUAUAUCCAAGUGUAGAAAUAAUAUUAAUAACUUGCCAAGUUGUACAGUAAAUUUAACCAAUUAUUUAUAGUAAGUAUAUUUAAACAAUUUCAAGAAAAUAUUAGAUCAGAAAAUAAAAAUUCAUAAUAUGCCUCAAAAAAGUAACUUUGAUCUUAGUAAUAUACAGUUAUAGGUUGGGUAAGCAACUAAAAUGAGUUAAGUCAAUUUUUUUAACUGUUGGUAUAACUUUGUAAAUACCUAACACAUAAAGAAAGAAAUAACAAUAACAUUUAUUAGUGUAUUGUACUGUAUUCAGUUGUUUAUAAUAAUUGAACUAAAAAUAAAAGUUAAACGUUAAACAACUUUACCUUCCAUUUACUCAAUCGUCUAAUUAGUGUUAAGUAUGAAACUGAAGUAGAAACACAAUAUGUAUGGAGUACCUGUGUCGUUCUAAGAAUAGUUUGCUUGCCACGUUUCUCUCAGUUUCAAGCAUAUUACGAUCAUUUAAGUAACAGUUCACCACUUAAGGCGUAUAUAGUGUGGGAAUAAAUAUCACAAUUUCAAAAUUAAUAAAUAUUCUAUAAAAAAAAACACCUAGAUUAAUUUUGUUGUUCAUUUGUUUGUGAUGUGCUUCUUAAGAUCUGACGUCAUACGUACUUUGUAUAAAUAGUCACUACUACUACUACUACUACUUUUACUGUUGCUACAAAUCCACUGACUUUAUACUUUUUAGUAGUAUUGUUAACAAAUAAAACGAGCUAUGUACUAUCUAUACUAAUACUAAAAUGGUAAUACCCACCAAUUUUGUUAACAUUUAAAAAUACUGUUGAAAAUACAAAAAAGAAAGACAAAGGACGGCCCAUUAACUGAUUAUCACAAACAAGUGAAUAAAGUUUAAUUUUUAUAAAAUAGAUUUUUGUUUUCAAACCACAGGGUUUAUUCUUACAAUAAAGAUUUGUAGUUUCCACACUAUAUAAUAAAAUAGCACGCAUAUCCCUACCUACACGCUAAGCUAAGUAUUAAGUCGAACUUUAAAAUAUUUAUGAACAUUCAUCUUGGUGGUGCAUGAGCCGUACUUUCUUAUAAUUCUAUUGAAAUUUUAAUGUCCUCAAAUCUAGAAAUAUCGGUACUAGUCUUGUACCAAAUAAACUAGUUUGCACAUUGUGUUUUUUUUGUCGUUAAAUCUGAUUAUUAUAUUAGGCUGUUAUAUCUAGUAUAAAAAUGUAUAAAUAAGUUAAAAGUAUUUUAAGAAAAUGUACAAACGUCUUUCAGCUGUGAUUAUUUAUUAUUUAAAAUUGUUUGUGAGGUUUACGUAUGAGGUGGUACAAUAGAACGGCAUUACAUUUUCAAUAGAACUAAAGCAUGCUGAAAUUUAAUGGGGGUCAUUGAUGUUCCAUUACUAUUUGUUCAAUUUUUGGCGUUAUGAAAUUAUUUGUCGCACGAAUUGUUGCGGAAACCCAUGUAAGUAAAUGUUUAUUCAUAAUUCCUGAAAUAAAUGGUGAUGGCGAGUUCAUUCAUGAUCAACAAUCAUUUUAUAAAUGAACGGUAAUUUUAUUUUUCGUCCUUAUAGACAAAGGAGUCCAUUAAUGUCUAGAUUUGGACCAGAUUGUUUUGCCAAAAAGCUCAUUUUGACAAAGAAAAUAAAUAGUCCAACUCCAUAUACCCAAAAAAAUGUACGUCAAAUUUUGUUGUUAAAAAUAAUUUGUUGGGUGAUACUAGAUUAGAGUAGUUUAGUUCAAUAAAUUUAAAAUUGUUAAACACAAUUGUGUUAUGGGAAAAAUAAAUGUUUUGUUUAUAA